AUGAAAAUUGAACUCUCGGAUGGCCACCAGUUGGUCCUUCCUGAUGUGCACUACAUCCCUGAGUUACCCAAUAUCAUCUCCUUUGAUCGAUUCCGUCAGGCGGACGGUUGCAUUGCUAUUGAUUGCAAUGGCGACCUUAUUAACGUUCACACACUUAAAGUGGUGAGCCCCUAUACAACUCGACACCUUGUGCUUAAUGUUCGAGUUUUACCUUGUGAUGCUGCGACGACUCACAGCCACGUCGCCUCACACACACCACCCCUCAGUCUAUUUUUAAUUAAUCGACUUGAUACUGUCUCUGAGGAUCCCUGCAGCGAUUCCUCUCCUGACACUGAGUCAGUAAUAUCGAAUGAUGCUGAACAAGAGACCGACCCCUCUGACACUUCAGACACCCUCACGGUCAAGGCCGAUGCCCUCUCUCAACUGUGGCAUAUUAAGUUGGGCCAUCCCGGUGCCAACCAAUUUGCGGCUUUCAAAAGAUUACUUUCAAUACCCAAAUCUGUGGUUCAUGUUCCCCUCACCCAAUGUCGUGGUUGUCUUGGAGCCAAAACCACUAAUCACUUUCCCAAGGAAUCCCGUGGCGUUACACCCAUUACCCAACCUUUUGAGGUAAUCCAUGUCGACAUCUGUGGCCCCUUUGAUUCUCAUCCGGCCUACGACAAUACACGGUACUUCCUUACCAUUGUUGAUCGCUUCUCCCGUUAUGUUACGGCUAUUCCGUUAGCUCGGAAGAGUGAAGCCUCGACUCACAUUCAAACCUUUAUCCUUCGGAGCUACAACGCUCUUCGCGCCACUCACUAUCCCAAACAGUUUCGCUCGGAUAAUGGCACUGAAUUCAUCAAUGAUAAUCUUCUUGUCUUUCUUGAUGAGCACGGUAUCACUCCUCAUUUCACUCAUGCCCAUUGUUCUUCUCAGAAUGGCAUUGCGGAGCGUAUGAACCGUACUCUUGAAGACAAAGCUCGUGCUCAAAUCGCACAUGGCAAUAUUCCUCUUGCUUUCUGGCCUGAGGUUAUUCGGUACUCUGCAUUCAUUCUCAACUGGACACCACGCUCCAACUUACAACAUAAGACACCUACUCACUGUUGGUUUAACAACCUGCUGAUUCCCUGCCCCACCUUUUAUCCUUUUGGGUGCACUGCACAGGUUACGUUUCCGCUUGAAAUCCGUGCCAACAAAUUAGCUCCUAAUUCUCUUGAAUGUGUCUAUUUAGGACCUGCUGUUCAACGCACAGGCCAUCGCUUCUUCAGUUAUGACCUCAUGACGGUCUUCGACUCUGACCAAGCUACCUUACUUCCCGAAGACCUAUACUUUAUCAAGCAUGAUGCGCGCAUUAGGUCUCUUCUGAUUAAUCACAACCGCCUUCUACGGCUCUCCUCCCAAGCAUUAAGUUGCCGGCGCCCUUUAAACGUCUCUCUCCUGAAGACCUCUUUCGUGAAAAGCAAGAUCUCGCGAAUCUCUUUUCCACGCAGCCUCGAACCACUGAAAAGUCUGCUUCUCCUCCGCCCGUGGUCCCGGCGGCCUCCACGACUCUGCUGA